AUGACACCCGUUGAAUCAAUUCUUGUCUCUGGAGUGCAGCCAAUCCUACAGAAUUUGAUCUCUUUUGCUACUCAAGAAAUUGGUUUAGCAUGGGGCUUCAAGGGAGAGUUGAGAAAGCUCCAGACUACCAUGAACACCAUCCAAGGUCUACUCCUGGAUGCUGAGAAUAAGCAAGUGGAGAGCGUGGCAGUGAAAGACUGGCUGAGGAGGCUCAAGAGCGUUGCUUAUGAUGCAGAUGAUGUGUUUGAUGAGCUCAACUAUGAAUCUUUAAGACGUAAAAUGGAGAUCCAGAUCCAGUACCGAAUGAAGAAACUGAUGCCCGGUAAGGUACGCAACUUCUUCUCACGCUCCAACCCAUUUGCGUUUCGUCUUAAAAUGGCCCAUAAGUUUAAGGACAUUAAUGAAGCACUGGAUGGCAUCAGAAACGAUGCAAUUAGCUUCAACCUUGGAGUACUACCGGAUGAGUACUCAUCAUCAUCAUCCAUGAUGAAGAACAAAAUAGAGGACAGGCAAACCACCUCUGUUAUAGAUGAUUCGGAAGUAGUUGGAAGGGCAGAUGACAAAUCAGUACUAGUGAAUAUGCUUAUCAAGAGUACUUGCAAUGAUCAAAUCAUUUCGGUCUUCCCCAUUGUAGGAAUGGGGGGACUUGGGAAGACCACUCUUGCUCAAUUGGUCGUCAAUGAUCCGUUGAUUGUGAUGCAUUUUGAUUUAAGAAUAUGGGUAUGUGUUUCUGAACAAUUUGAAGUCCCCAGACUUUUAAAAGAAAUCACAGAAUCACCUGUUGCUAAUGGAACUAAAUUUGAUGUAUCAAACUUAGAUCUCACAGCAUGUAAGCUCCAAGAGAAGCUGAUGGGUAGACGGUCUUUACUAGUACUAGAUGAUGUUUGGAGUGACGAUCGUGAAAAAUGGGAUAACUUGAUAAAGCACUUAAAAUCUGGCAGUGCAGGUAGCAAAAUUAUUGUGACUACACGUAGCAAUAAUGUUGCAAGGAUGAUGACCCCAAAUCACACUCAUUAUUUGGGAAUAUUAUCAGAAAAAGAAUGUUGGUCUUUGUUUCAUCAAAGAGCAUUUAGAAAUGGAGGGCCACUAGAAACCCUGAACCUGGUGGAAAUUGGAAGGAGAAUUGUAAAAAAGUGUGGAGGAGUGCCUUUGGCAGUGAAAGUCAUAGGAAGCUUAAUGCACUACAAAAUGGAAGAAGGUGAAUGGUUGUCUGUGGAACAAGGUGAAUUUUGGAACUUACCAAAAGAUAGUAGUAGAAGAAUGAUGGGGAUAUUAAAGUUGAGUUACGAUCAUCUGCCAUCAAAUUUGAAACUUUGUUUUGUGUAUUGUUCAGUAUUCCCCAAGGAUUAUGAAUUUGAUAUAAAAAUAUUGAUACAAUUAUGGAUGGCUGAGGGAUUCCUUGGAAGCAAACAAAUGGAGGACGUCGGCAAUGAAUAUUUCAAUAUCUUAUUGUUGAAUUCUUUCUUUCAAGAUGUAGAGAAGCAUCGAUACGGAGAUAUAGAGAAAUGCAAGAUGCAUGAUCUUGUACAUGAUCUUGCACAAGUUGUCGGAAUGCUUGAAUAUUCCACCAUGAAGCCCAAUAAUGUGGAAAAUAUUUCUGAUGAAGUUCGUGGCUUGUCACUUUUUUCAGAUCAUGAGGACACAUUAAUUGAAAUUCCAAAAGACUUGGAAAAGGCAAAGAAAUUGCGGACAACAUUAAUAUUUCUCCAGAAGAGCCCUUGGAUAUGGGAAAGUAAUUACUCUGUCUCAAAUAUUGACAUGUUGAUGAACUUCCAGAGCUUGCGUGUGUUGGAUGUAUCAAGUUGUUGGGUGAAGGAGGUGCCACCUUCAAUAAGAAAAUUGAAACAUUUAAGGUACUUUGACCUCUCAGAUAAUCUGAUUGAAGUGUUGCCAGAGUCUAUCACUAGCCUCUAUAAUUUACAGAUAUUAAAACUCAAGGGAUGCCAUAAACUCCGAGAGCUUCCCAAGGAAAUGAGAAAGAUGGUUAGCCUGAGACAUUUUGAAUUUGAGGGCAAUUGCACUGAGAUGUCAGUUGAGAUGGGAAGAUUGACUAAUCUUCAAACAUUAACAAGAUUUAUUGUAGGCAAAGAUGGAGGACGCAGUAUUAAACAGCUCAAGUGCUUGAAUAAUCUCAGAGGAGAACUGAGCAUAAGUGGUCUAGAGAAUAUUGUAACAAUAGAAGAAGCCGGGGAGGCAGAUAUGAGAGGGAGACGUGGUAUUCGUUCUCUAGAAUUAUGGUGGGGUACUGAAAGUAGAAGUGACAAUGGCAACAAAAUGGAUGAUGAUGUGUUAGAAGGCCUAGAACCUCAUCCAAACUUGAAAAGUUUUGUCAUCGGUAACUUUGGCGGUGCAAAAUACCCUACAUGGAUGGCAGCAGCUGCAAUUAGUACUACUGGGAUGGUUGCAUUUCCAUCGCUUAAGGAGCUAAUUCUACGUGAAAUGCCUAAUUUGGUUGAGUGGUUGGAAGUGUUGCCUUCAUUUCCAUCUCUUGAGUUAUUGUGGCUCACCUCAUGCCCUGAGCUGAAAAUCAUGCCAAGUCGAUUCCCUUCCCUCAAAACCUUGUGGUUUCAUAAUACAAAUGAGAUGGCCCUUAUAAGGUCAUUGUCAAGCAACCUUAUCUCUUCUGUCAAGAAUCUUCGAAUUUUAUACUGUGGAGAACUCAAGUCGGUGCCGGAGAGGUUGCUACAAAGCAAUGCACGUGUUCUUGAGAGGAUGGACUUCCGUAGCUGCGACAAGCUUGAAACAAUUUUUCCAAGUAGUCAAGGAGGACGACAAGAGGGAGAGGGAUCAUCUCCAUCUCCCCUGCCCACACCCCUAGAUUUUCCCUCUCUUAAAAGAUUGGAAAUAAGUGAUUGUCCUCUAUUAAAGUCUUUGCCAGACUUAAGGGGAAUGACUUCUCUUCGACAGUUGGAAUUAGUUGGCUUUAAAGAAUUGAAGUCACUACCAGAGGGGUUGCACCAGCUCACCAUGCUUGAGUUUUUAGAAAUUGGUGAUUUUUCAGAGGAGGAGGAGGAAGGGCUGCAGCAGCUGGAUUACAUAAAAGGAGAAGAGGAUCUCCAACGCCUUGUCUCCCUUCGAAAACUAUCACUUUACGGGUGGCCUCAGCACAAGAAGAACAAUCUCCGAGAUCAACUUAAUAAGCACCUCACCAAUUUAAUAGAUGUAGUGUGGACGCCGCCACAUAGAUAA